UCCCGAACCUGCAGCGGAAGUGCAAGUGUCUUGAGCCGAGCCCUGCCCUGUGUAACUAGUCUCUAGUAAUCUCACGCGUGGGUACCUGUGGUGGAGGAAGCGUGUCUUCCCGGGAGGGAAGGCGGGCCCAGCACGAGUUAGAAUGCUUCCGUGCCCCAGCUCUAGCCGCUUUCAUUUAGCUGUCUGUCUCGGGGUGGGCCGGUGGUUACCCUGCGGUACAGCGUGUGCUGGUUGACUAGGCUGCCGUGAGAACGCUUCAUAGUGGGAGAAAGGGGCGUGGGCUGUGGAAAGCUGCCGCUUGGAGCCCCGAGUUCUGUCCCAGAAGGGCUGUUUUGGGAGAAAUAGUGGUAACUUUUGCCAAAGACUGUUCCAGACGCCGUAAGGUUUGAAUCCUGGAGCACAGUUGCACCAGGUGCAGUUAGAAUCGAAGCCAGAGACACUAUUAAAUGUGGCUGGAAGGCCAGAGGCAAGACUUCGGGAGAUGAUCUUUCUCAAGUGUUGGAGCUGACCUGUAGCUCAGAUAAGGGAACCGCGGCCAGCUAAGGAGGCCAUGAUCCAUGUAACUUCAGAUUCAUGUCAGCAUCAAGCCCUCAGCCGCUGGUGGCAGCUGCCCAGCAGACCCUGGGCGUGGGAAAGAGAAGAGGCCCGCCUCGAGCUGUCUGCCUUCAGCUAGCAGGCGAGGUGCUGGCUGUGGCCCGCGGGCUGAAGCCGGCUGUGCUCUAUGAUUGCAACUCUGCGGGCGGGUUGGCGCUCCAAAGCUAUCUGAGGGAACUGCAGGGCGUGGGCUUCCUGACGCCAGGGCUUCACGUUCUUGAGGUCGGAGAAAAUUACCUCAUUGUCAGUCCUGAGCGUGCCUGCCAGCACUUGGAGCAGGCACUGCUUGGUACCGUGGCUUUCGUGGACGUUUCCUGCUCCCAGCCUCAUCCUUCCGUCUGCUCACUGCACCAGCUACCCGACUUGAAAUCUCUUACAGCCGAGAUCAUGGCACAUUUUCGAGGACUGCAGAAGAAUGUGUCUCUGGGAGUCUCCUACAGCAAGCUGCAGUCAGCAAACUGGAACCUCUGCACUGUCUUUGGGAUACUCCUGGGCUAUCCUGUCUCUUACACGUUUCACCUGAACCAUGGAGAUGGCAACUGCUUAGCCAUGACGCCCCUGCGGGUGUUCACUGCCCGGGUCUCGUGGCUGCCUGGCCAACUUCCAGUCCUUCUCUACUCCUUUAGUGUUCCAGAGCGUUUGUUCCCAGCCCUGAGGGACUUUGUGAGUGCCUGGGAGCAGGAACUCAGAACCCGGUUUAGGACUCAGAAUGCCUUUGCGGACCUCAGCAUCUCCUCUGAGGUAGUCACGCUGCCUGCUGUGGCCCUCUGAUUUAACUCUGCCCAUUGAGAAGGUAUUAGGGAGAGGCUAUCUCUGGGUGGAAGAUGUCAAUUGAGAUUCUUGGGAAUGGUGCAAGAAUCCAUUGACCAUGUGCAAUCCAUUGACCACAGAUGUGAAUGGGGAAUGUUGGCAGCAGUACCAUGGUUUUCAUUUCUAUAUUAGUUCCUAGGAACUGAGUGAAGGUGCCUGCUUGUGUGGGAGGAGGAGCCUUGUGGGAGGAGGAGCCUUGUGGGAGGAGGAGACAUACACCGCGGGAUGGCAGCCUGCACUGAGUAAACUGUGCCUUCGAAGGAAGGGGAAUGUUUGCAUGUUUAUGUGACUCUAAUGGAAUUAGGGUAUGAGACCAUUGUUUUUAAGUGUCACAAUUCUUUAUUUCUCAAGAAUACACAGUUCUAAAGAAUAGUCUUGCGAGAUAAAGUUUAUUUACAGCAAGGUUUAAAAAACAACAACAACUAGGAACCCAGAGUCACUUGGUAGGAAACCCUAAGUUGUAAGGCACCAAAACCUUACAACGUUUUUCACGGAGUUUGCUUCUGAAUGUCACUCCAGUAGACGCCGGAAGUUGUUCAGAUCACCAGGCUGCCCUUGUUUGCCAGGAACACUGCCAGUGCUGUAGCAACCAGCAGCAGCAGCACUGGGAGCCACUGGCCACUCUGCCUCUGUGGAAGGAGGUGGAGACAGGAGAGAGCAGCCGUGAGCUGGAGGAAACGUGGGCAAGGAUCGUCCCCCGGUAAUUUAACCGGGCAGAAAACCUCACGCUGGUGGCGGGGAGCAGCCAUGAGCUGGAGAAAAUGUGGGCAAGGAUCGUCCCCUGGUAAUUUAACCCAGCAAAAAAACCUCCCACUGGUGGCAGAUGGGCCUUUUUUGGCCUCAGUGUCUGCACAUUUAUUUUCACCUCCCUUGAGAUAAACCACUUUACUAGUGGCCUAGAGACUCAUAUCCAAUAGGAGACAGAUACUUAAAUGCUGACAUGAGUAAUCGAAGUGGCAAAAUAAUAAUCUCUUUGAAUGCCUCAGUAUUUUUGCAAUCUUCUUCCUGUCCUUGUUCACAAUAAAAAGCCGCCUUUCAUGCUUGAACCAGCGUGGGUUAAGUAUCCUUUUUCUGAAAUGCUUGGGAUUAGGCAUCUUUCAAAAAAUUUUUGGUAAUAUACCAGUUGAGCAGACCUAGUAAAAAGACAUCCUAAUCCCAAAUGCUCCAAAAUCGUCUGAAGCACCAUGCUUGUGUGUGCAGUGUUUUUGAUCUAGAGCAUGUCUGGUUUCCAGAGUCGGGGCCUUCUAGUGUUUUCCAGACUCCAGAGCGGCAUAGAAAUUGGGUGCAUCAGAGACAGUGUUGUUUUCAUGGUCGUUGUGUUGUUGGCACAGGGUAAAGUGGAGUGGACAGGGCAGCCAGGUGUUGCUGGGGCCUGAUACAUUUUUUUCUGUUUUUUGUUUCUGGUUUUCUGAGAUAUUUCAGUCUUUCUCCUAUCACAUUUCAGAAAAAUGUUGAGUUAUAAGCUUUGUUGUGCUGUACAUAAUUGCAUUUUACACAUGAAAAUGCUAAAAAUUUUUUACGUUAUUGUUGAUGGUGGUGGUGGUGGGGUGUGUGUGUGUGUGUGCAUGCUAACAUCACAGUGAAUGUGUAUGAGUAAGAAGACAAUUCUUGGCGUCACUUUCUCCUCCCAUGUGGGUCCCAGGGACUGAAUUCAGGUCAUCAGGCUUGGCAGUGUGCUUCUGUACCUACUGAGCCAGUUUCCUGGCCCCAAUACAUGUAAAUGCUUUCAUGUGA